GUGCUCGCUUGAUACGCUGCGUGAAGCGAUCAACGAUACGAUGAACGAAGACGACUCCACAACGGCCCGCCGCUCCGGCGUCGUCCGCGGAAAACAGCCCAGCUCGUGCGCGUAGGGGUGGACGUACGCGCGGCAACAGGCUCGCCCGCAGCCUGUCUUCGUGCAACUGUGCUUCGUACUGCUACUUCUCGCUAGCCCUGGUGCUUUUCUCGCUGGGCACGGUGCUCACCAUACUGGUGCUCGAUGAUAGCGAGCAGAUGUUUCCGAACCUGACUCACAUGUGGCUUAUCGGGCCGAUAUUCAUUAGUUCGGGACUUAUGUUCGCCGUGAAGACGAUCAUGUACCUACGGAGGGAGACCAUGAUCGCCUAUCUGACGAGGCAACAUUCCUUGCUACGCGAGCUUCAUCUCGUGGCUGUGGAGCCGGGCUUACUCAGGGGUCUUCAACAAAGGGCAGCAUCCCUGCCACCUCCGUAUGAGGCAGUGGCGACAGGCUGUGACUCUCCCAUGUGCCGUGGUUCGACAACGGCCGCGGCAUUUCCACUGCUCAUGGCUACCACGGAGGAGGACCCACCCCGUACGAGGGGCACUCCUGCUCAUCGUGGUGGCUCUGGAGCCUCUCCUGCUACAACAAAAACGUUGACGGAGAGCCAGACGGGCAUGGACGUGCAGUCGUGA